AUGCAGAUCUUAGCCCUACUCCCCCAGCCCUACUCCCCCAGCCCUACUCACCCAGCCCUACUCACCCAGCCCUACUCCCCCAGCCCUACUCCCCAGUCCUACUCCCCCAGCCCUACUCCACCAGCCCUACUCCCCAGCCCUACUCCACCACCCUACUCCACCAGCCCUACUCCCCCAGCCCUACUCCCCCAGCCCCCCCCAGCCCUACUCCACCAGCCCUACUCCACCAGCCCUACUCCCCUAGCCCUACUCCACCAGCCCUACUACCCCAACCCUACUUCCCCAACCCUACUCCCCCAGCCCUACUCCACCAGCCCUACUCCCCUAGCCCUACUCCACCAGCCCUACUACCCCAACCCUACUCCCCCAGCCCUACUCCACCAGCCCUACUCCCCCAGCCCUACUCCACCAGCCCUACUCCACCAGCCCUACUCCCCCAGCCCUACUCCACCAGCCCUACUACCCCAACCCUACUCCCCCAGCCCUACUCCACCAGCCCUACUACCCCAACCCUACUACCCCAACCCUACUCCCCCAGCCCUACUCCACCAGCCCUACUCCCCCAGCCCUACUCCACCAGCCCUACUCCCCCAGCCCUACUCCACCAGCCCUACUACCCCAACCCUACUCCCCCAGCCCUACUCCACCAGCCCUACUCCACCAGCCCUACUCCACCAGCCCUACUCGACAGAUCUGUUUCUGCUUCCUUGCCAACUCCUUUGGUCAUUAUAA